AUGUUUCUUGAAACCGUUAUAGCUUUGACAUGUAUUUUAAUUACACCUACAAUACAUCAUAUGAUAGGGCCAAUCGAUGAAUGUACAAUGACGAAACUAUGUAACCAUACGUGGACACCACUCUGUGCAUACAAUGAAGUGAACUCUAGUUACAGAUUAUUUUUUGAUGAUUGCGAUUUACAUGAAUAUAACUGCGAUCAUAACAAAACAUACAAAGUAACAGAAUUUUCGAAUUGUGGCCAAAACUGUACACGAGAUGACGAGACUACAACUCCUAUGACUACGGUAAGUACAGAAGCAACUACAUCAAGCAACAGUACAAGUACUUCAGUGGCUACCCCAGUAACCUCGCCAGAAACGACGGUAAACGUGACAACCACAAAUGCAACUACACCGUCUACAGAAAUAAUAACUAACGCAACUGAUACGACUACUGCGACUACGGCUACUACUACUACUACAACAACUACAACGACUACAACGACUACUACUACUACAACUACGACUGAGUCUACUCCUACCACAUCGAAAAAUGACAGUGAGAACACCAUACCUACUAAAAUGGAUUGCUAUCCUAAUGACUGCACAUUGCCAUCUACUUGGGACACGACAGUAGAAGGCGAAAGAAGAGAUUUCGUACAAAUUCUAAAUGAACGUUUUGGUAAAAGAGUGAAAAUAUUAAGAAAUACUUCACAUUUCCCCAAAACCCCUGCGUAUGUUAGGGAAAGUGAUAAUUUUAUACGUGGACAUUAUAGUGAGACGCGGUGA